CGAGAGAGAGCUGCAGAGCCAGCCGCUCAGCCCAGGCCGGGGAAGCCUGCUCUCCAGAGCUGGGGCAGAACAACGUGGCUCACGUUUAACAAAAGAACCUGAGGGUAGCGAACUUUCUAGAUCUGCGCGCUUAGUGAGUAAGCUCACUCAGCCUUGCCUUUGAUGCGCAGCAACUGAUCGGCGAUCAGAUUACAGGCACUCCAUCUCCUAGUUCGCCUGCCUUUGAUCUGCGCGGGUAAUCCAUUUUCCUGGAUUUGAAGUUUGUCUGGGCUUGCGCCCACACACAUUUUUGGGAAGGUAAAAGCGUUUGGCGCGGAAGUGCUACCAAGCUGCGGAAAGCGUGAGUCUGGAGCACAGCACUGGGAUAAACACGUCUGGCAAGAGCCAUGGCAUUCAAGGUCCUACCUGAAGACAGGACGGUGCUCUUUGCUGCCAUUCUCCUAGUAGGUCACUUGUCCUGUAAAGCAAGUUGUGAAACUGGAGAUUGCAGACAGCAAGAAUUCAAGGAUCGAUCUGGAAACUGUGUCCUCUGCAAACAGUGUGGACCUGGCAUGGAGUUGUCCAAGGAAUGUGGCUUCGGCUACGGGGAGGAUGCACAGUGUGUGCCCUGCAGGCCGCACAGGUUCAAGGAGGACCGGGGCUUCCAGAAGUGUAAGCCAUGCGUGGACUGUGCGCUGGUGAACCGCUUUCAGAGGGCCAACUGCUCGCACACCAGUGAUGCUGUCUGCGGGGACUGCUUGCCAGGAUUUUACCGGAAGACCAAACUGGUUGGUUUUCAAGACAUGGAGUGUGUGCCCUGCGGAGACCCACCUCCUCCCUACGAACCACACUGUACCAGCAAGGUGAACCUUGUGAAGAUCUCAUCCACAGUCUCCAGCCCUCGGGACACAGCCCUGGCUGCCGUCAUCUGCAGUGCUCUGGCCACGGUGCUGCUGGCCCUGCUCAUCCUGUGUGUCAUCUACUGCAAGAGGCAGUUCAUGGAGAAGAAACCGAGCUGGUCUCUCCGGUCACAGGACAUUCAGUACAAUGGCUCUGAGCUGUCGUGCUUUGACCAGCCUCGGCUCCGCCACUGUGCCCACAGAGCAUGUUGUCAGUAUCAUCGGGACUCAGUCCAGACAUAUGGCCCUGUUCACCUGAUUCCGUCCUUGUGCUGUGAAGAAGCCCGCAGCUCUGCCCGAGCUACCCUUGGCUGUGGGCUGCAUUCUACGGCUACCCUUCAGGAGAGAAACACAGCUUCCGUGGGAGAUGCGAUGCCAGUCUUCUUUGGAUCUGUUUCCCGUUCCAUCUGCGCUGAGUUUUCUGAUGCCUGGCCUCUGAUGCAGAAUCCUCUGGGUGGUGACAGCUCUCUUUGUGACUCUUAUCCUGAACUCACUGGAGAAGAUAUCAAUUCUCUCAAUCCCGAAAAUGAAAGCUCAACAUCUCUGGAUUCCAAUGGUGGCCAGGAUCUGGCUGGGGCAGCUGCUCCAGAUUCUUCUGGAGAUUUUUCAGAAACUACUGACUCACCUAGAUAUGGUGACGCCGAUACGGUCUGGGAGCAAACCCUAGCUCAGGACGCUCAAAGGACUCCAAGCAGAGAAGGCUGGGAAGCCAGUGAAAACCUGAACCUAGCCACGCCCACAGCCUUCCAGGAUGCCUGAAGGCCAUCUUCCUGACGUGGAGGUGUGGGUCUGGACACGCCUCUGAUGUAGGAAGAACACUACCACAGAGCAUCCCGUAGUAGCCCACAUCUGCUUUUACAUCCCCACGAUGCCCACUCGUAACCUAUUGACAUUUUUGUUCAUGUGUCCCCAACUGUUAUUAUAAGAACUGACUUUGGGAAAGUCAUCAAGUAUUCAGGAUUUAAGCAGCAGACAUCCAUGAGGAUGCAAGCUGAGCUCCCCUGAGUGGCCUCCUCCUCGUGCACAUGUGUGUGUCAUUGUUUGCAACCCAAUCAUCUCUGUUAUGACAGGGAUGAUCAAAGCCAGCAGGGUUGUGCUCCUUUGUGUAACCUGAAGAUAUUUUCCACAUGCCGAGCCCUGAUGGACUUCAAAGACAGACACAGCUGGGGAAAGCCAGUCUGAUGGAAGGGAAACUCUGGCCCCAAAUCCUGAAACAUCACUUCUAAUCAGAAGAGAAACACUGAGGGUUAAAAACUGAUUUCAUUUGAUGCUGCAUUUGGAAGAUCCUGGAUUAUCAUCAGAAAGGAGACAUCCACCAGCUACUCUAGAAAUGUGCGAUGACGUUUUACAUUUUACACUCUUUGUAAACAAGAGGGAAAGCUGCAACCUGCACUUGCCAUUAUUGGAACAGCUUACAAGGCUAUUUACAUAGGAGCUAGCGUCUGAUGUCAGAUACUGGUAUAGAGAGACAUCUAGGCAUAGGGGGCACCAGCGCCACCUUUCACAUGGCAGAAGCCAGGAAAAUAUGGACAUAAGGAUUUUUGAAUCAGUCAGGGCAAGUCAUGUGUUUUCUAUUUUGAAUAUAUGGAAUAUAUUUUUGAAUCACAGGAUUUUCUACUUUAAAGAGUUACUGCUGCUGUUACUUAGUAUAAGUACUGCUGUGUUAGAAGAAAAAGAGCAGAAAAGGAGAGAGAAACUAUCACGGUUCUUAAGAUAGUUUGUUUCAGCUUAGAUUUCAUCACAACUGUUUUUCAUACUGGAAUUUAUCAACUGUAAGUUAUCACUUUCCGAUACAAAACUUUUUUAGUGCUUUUUAAAAAUUGUGAAUAAAAUUGAUACUUGUUAUUCUUAGUUAUGUGUCAACUCAAAGUGAUCUUGUAGAUGGAAUUAUAUUUUACUUGUUUUAAAAAUU